AACAUGUCAAGUGUCAACUUUUUUCAUUUUUAUAAAUUGUGGGGUUAUGUUGGAUAUUCUUAGUAAAUCAAAAUGUUUCUAACAAACGUUUUGUUGAAAAAGAUUAAGAGCAAAACAAUUAUGGUUCAAAUGCAAAGUAUGGUCAGCGGGCACACUUUCAACACAAUAAGGGAAAGAUUGGGGGAUAAAGUGGAAAUAAUCAGGUUUGACCCAUUCAUUCAGAAAGAGUGCCUGUAUAGAGAAAAGAAGAAAAUUCGAAGCAUGUAGAAUUCAUAUUGAAUUAAUUGUUUUUAUGUAUAUACAUCGGAAAAAAGCUAAUAAAUUAUUAGAAAUCUUCUGACAUUUU